CUGUGGGAUGGAGGACUCUGAACAACAAGACUUGUCAUCUUGUCCUCAAAAGGCGACAGUCAAAACGGAACCUAAACCCCGGGACCCAAUCAGAGAGAUUCUUGACAGUCUUUGCAAUAAACCAUCAAACCCUGACAAAAAUGGAGAAAGCUCAACGGCGCUAGUUACUUCAAAUGUCGAUAUGGACACGAGCGCUUUCACACCAGUUAUGAAGUUUCAUAGCUCUGUUCGCGGGGCCGAUGUGCUGAAAUCGUACAUCCCAUCUUCGGAUCCAUUUAAAAUGAAUUUCACAGACUGGUAUUCACAACGUCUAAGACAAUCUGUGCAUCAUCAGAACUUUCAUCAGUACCCUUAUUUUCUGAAUUCUGUGCACCAACCAAACAACCCUUUUAUUGGGUAUUUCAGUGGUGUAUCUUCUUGGCUCUGCAAAAGAACAGAUCUAAAUGCUCUCAGUUUUUGCAAUUUAAACAAGUGCUCAACUCUGUCGAUACCCGCUACACCGCGCUACCAGUGUGACCACUGCAAGAAGAGUUAUUCAACAUUUGGUGGCCUGUCCAAACACAAGCAGUUCCACUGCACCACUCAAGUCAAAAAGGAUUUCAGCUGUAAAUUUUGUGGCAAAACUUAUGGUUCUUUGGGGGCCUUAAAAAUGCACAUUAGAACUCAUACACUACCAUGUAAAUGCAAAAUUUGUGGCAAAGCGUUUUCACGACCUUGGCUGUUACAAGGACACAUGCGCACGCAUACGGGCGAAAAACCGUUUUCUUGUGCUCACUGUGGUCGAGCAUUUGCUGAUAGGUCGAACCUUCGAGCACAUCUCCAGACUCACUCAGACGUCAAAAAGUACGGAUGUAAGUCAUGCAAGAAAACAUUUUCGCGCAUGUCACUUCUGGCAAAGCAUCGGGAAGGACGAAUUUGCCAACUUCCGGUUCAGUGAAUAUAGUAUCAAUGUGUAAAAUG